AUGUCGACCUCCGACCGUGACAGCUGGUCCGCCACCGCAUACAACCAAACCGCAUCCUUCGUCUACUCCUCCGCGUUCACCGCGCCCGUCCUCUCUCUGCUCGACGCGAAGCCGGGCGAGACGAUCAUCGACUUUGGCUGCGGGAGCGGCGAGGUGACGCUCGAGAUCGACCGGGUCGUGCGCGGGCAGGAAGGGGGCCUUGUUGUCGGGGUUGACUCGAGCGAGAGCAUGAUCGACCAAGCCCGGAAGAACGGCCUGCAGCACGCGUACGUAGCCGACGUGCAGGCCCUGCCAACUCUAUCCUCCUUGUCCGACGCGUUGCCCCCGGCAUUGAAGUUUGACGCGGUAUUCACAAACGCCGCGCUGCAUUGGUGCAAGCAGUCCCCCGUCGGCGUGAUCAAGAGCGCCAAGAGCGUGCUGAGGGACGGCGGGAGGUUCGUGGGCGAAUUCGGCGGGUUCGGGAACUGCGUCGGUAGGUGUAUCACUACUUCUUCGGCAACGAACGGUGUAACGAUGAGUACGCGGAUCGCAGGUGUCAGGUCCGCUCUGCAUGGUGUACUGAGCAAAUGCGGAUAUGCCGCCGACAAGUUGGAUCCGUGGUUCUUCCCCUCCUUGGAGGAUUAUCAGUCCCUGCUGGAAUCCAAUGGCUUCAGAGUGACUCACAUCUCUCUGAACCCCCGCCUGACGCCGCUCCCGUCGACUCUCGCAGACUGGCUGCACCUCUUCGCUCGCAAAUCUUUUCUACAUGAUAUGUCAGACGAGGAGGCUGCCGAGAUCAUCAACGAGGUGCAGGAUAUAUGCACUGUGGACUGUCGAGAUACGCAAGGGAAGUGGAUGAUCGUAUACGUGCGGCUGAGAUUUGUGGCGAUCCUUCAAUGA